AUGGAAUGGUGGAUAAAGUUGAUGUUAUUAUAUACUUGCUGGAUCGGAGCAAGUGCGGACUUUGAUGGAAGGUGGCCAAGGCAGAUUGCUUCAUCCAAUGGGCUGUGUCGCUACGGCGCCCGCAUUGACUGCUGCUGGGGCUGGACACGGCGUUCCUGGGGGCAGUGCCAGCCCCCGUACGUCUUAGCCGUACGCAGAGUUAUCGGGAUAAGGUGCCCACCCCAAGCGUUUUGCCAGCACGGCUGCAAGCACGGUGACUGUGUCGGCCCCAACAAAUGCAAGUGCCACCCAGGUUUUACAGGCAAGACCUGCAACCAAGAAGAAGAGCAGGACUAUGUAACUCCCCAAAUUUGGGACAAUCACCCCCAAGUCUUUCUUCCCAUGGACUACCAGCCUGCUGGGGUACCUCCAGAGGACCUGAACGAGUGCGGACUGAAGCCACGCCCCUGUAAACACAGAUGCAUGAACACAUUCGGAAGCUACAAAUGCUACUGUCUCAACGGCUACAUGCUGCUGCCCGACGGCACCUGUGGAAAUGCCCGCACAUGUGCCAUGGCAAACUGCCAGUAUGGCUGUGAGGUGAUGAAGGGUGAAGUCCGAUGCCAGUGCCCUUCGCCCGGUCUGCAGCUGGCACCAGACGGCCGGACCUGCGUGGACGUGGAUGAAUGCGCGGCGGGUUUAGCCGUGUGCCCGAGGUUCCGCAAGUGUGUCAACACGUUCGGCAGCUACAUCUGCAGAUGCCACGAGGGCUUUGACCUCCACUACGUCAACGGGAAAUAUCAGUGUGUAGAUGUGGAUGAGUGCACUUCAGGACAGCACCAGUGUGGUGCCCACUCCACCUGCUACAACACGCCAGGUUCCUACAAGUGCAAGUGUAAGGACGGCUUCAGAGGAAUUGGCUACGACUGUAAACCCAUACCCAAGGUGAUUAUUGAUCCGCCCAGACCCGGAAAGACCACGCCAAACAACAACAACAACAAGAUCCCCGACACCGACCACAAGAGGACCACCACCACAGUUCGACCGGCGGUGACUCCGAAGAGGAUCGCCCCGGCAACCACCACUACCACGGCCGCGCCACCUCCGCCAAAGCGAAUCACUCCUGCGCCCAGAAAACCGUCCGUCCCCACACGGAAACCCCUCAUCCCGACCCGAAGACCGCCAACCCCAGUCACAAUCAAACCGUACGUACCACCCCAGAGGAUACCCGUCCCCGCCCCCACCAAGGCCCCCACCCGAAAGGUACCCACCCAAAAACCACGAGCUCCUACCAUCACUCCUGUGGACAACAGCAUCAAUAAAGAGGUUACACAGAAACAACGGGGCGAUGUCCACAUACCGAGGAAUCCUGACCGGAAUAACGUCUUAGGGAUUGACUUCGACAUUGAACUGGGCAACACAGAGGAUGAGCUAAGUGAUGAUCCAAAUGUUGACUCUCUCAGUUGCUCCUUUGACCAUGGUCUUUGUGACUGGAUCCAGGACAGAGGAGGAGACCUGCACUGGGAGACGACAGCAGACCCCUCAGGGGGUAGGUAUCUGACCAUCUCUGAGGUGGGAGACAGGCGAGGGGGACGAGGGGCACAGCUGGUGCUGCCACUGGCCGCUCCCUGGAACGAGGGGAACCUGUGCCUGGCGUUCCGUCACUUGCUGUCUGGGCACCAUGUGGGCAUGCUCCAGGUUUUCGUCCAGAAGGGCAGGCAACACAGCCCAGCGGUCUGGGGGCGAACGGGGGGCAACGGCUGGAGAUCCACACAAAUUACAUUAUGGGGCAAAGGACUAGAGAGCGUGAUUGUGAAAGGUGAACGCAGGAGAGGCCGCAGAGGAGAGAUGGUGUUGGAUGAUAUUUCCUUGAGGAGAGGCUCCUGUCAGGAGGAGCACAAUCUUAGGAGACUUUAA